CAUCACAGAGCUGGUUACCAAGGGAGACCUGAAGAUCCAUCCCCUAGGCAGGGGAGAGCACAGCCCUGCUGCACAGGAGGUCUGGCUGCUCCUCCCCCACCUGGAUGGCCCUCCAUAGAAGCCUUGGUCUAUGCAGUGAGCUGGGCCUGAGGACGCACCAGUCACCCCGACAUGCCACCCAAUAUCUACGAGGGGGGGCUGGGGGCCCAGCAGCAGCACUGUCCCAGUGCCCAGGGAAGCAAGCCCAAGAACUUCCGGUUGCACCACCUCCAGAGUUUGCUCUACCUGCCAAGCCAUAAGCAGCCUGCUGGCCAGUGUGAGAGCCAUUGGUUGGGCCAGCUCAUGGCCGGGGGCUGCCUACCACAACCCAAGGGCACAAUCUGGCCCCUGGACUUACCACAGGGGGCUCUGGGCCCAGGUAACAGGCACCAUUCAGCCAUUCUGGAAACUCGACAGCCUGAGAAAUACAGGUCCCUCCAAGUGACUCCUCUCCCCCUGCUUUCCUCAGCUUCCAGUUCCAGCAUGGACCCAGCCAAGGGUGCCCCCUCCCAGCCUAGUCCCCCUGAAGGCUUGGGGCUCAGGCCUAAGAGAUCCUGGGGGGCCUCAGAGGAAUCCACAUGUCCCUUGUGCAAGAGAACUUGCUCUGGGGCUCUGGAGAGGCCAUAGGGAUCCAAGUGCCAGGGGUGGUUCUCCCAGCUCAGGACAGGAGGGGAAAGGAUGGCCCAGGAGGAGGAGGAGGUCACAGGUCCAGGGGGAAGGGCUCAGCCCCCACCAGUAGCAUCCCCACACCAAGUUGCCUGGGCAGCUGCCCAGCACCAGAGCCUAGGCCAGCCUCGGGAAAACUCGAAGGUGGAAGGAGGAGGUCCUGUGGGAGGGACAGAAAGAAGCCUGG